CAAACUCAAUACGAUUGCAGUUUGCUUCGUUGCCUUAAUGUUUUCAAUGAAUGUGUCGUGUUAUCGAUCAAUGUUAGCCAAGACAGACGCACAUUCGAAUGCAAGGAUAAUUUACAAUGCAAGCAGUCAUGGUGCGAUAUAUUUCGUGUUUUGCGCUGCUGGUGGCGUGUUUGUAUGUUGUGCCAACCAAUGCUUGGCAAGGUAACUACGAGACGUAUCUUGUGAGACGAGAACGACUUAAAAGCUACUGUGUUUGUUGGUACUGGUGGUGGGGUUGUUCUCAUCGGCGCUACUAUUGGGAGACUUACUACACCUACGAAAACAGAUGCCGUGUCGGAUGGGAUCACAAUGGAAACCAAGAUUGCAUCAUUCCAAUCUGCAACCCAAAUUGCGCAAAUGGCGGGACAUGUCUCAACCCCAACACUUGCAGUUGUCCUUCUACGUCAAGUGGACCUUCUUGCCAGACACUGACGUGCUCCUAUCGGCAACCAUGCUAUCCCGGAGACUGCAAAAAUGGCUCUAUAUGCACGUGUUCGCCAGGAUUCUGAUUGAACAGCAGCGCCAACGGCUGCAUCAAAU